AUGAGAUGGCUUAAAUGGAAGCAGUCCUUACAAAACACAGAGACAAUUGCUAUUCCUCGUGCCUACGCUACGAUUUCCUUCAGUACAGCAAAGAAGAGUUCAGUGAAUAUCUUCUCAGACGCUUCAGAAGUAGCUAUUGCUGCAGUUUCUUAUUUGAAAGUGACCGACCAAGUUGGUGAAUCCAGUUCUGGGUUUCUAUGUCGACCAGUUUGCCUAGAUGUUAGCGACAGUACGUGGAUCAAAGGUCCUCCUCUUCUGAAAGAUCAAGAGCUUCAGAUAGAGGAUAACAUCGAAGAGUCCAAGAACUAUGACCUGAUCAACCCUGAAAAUGACAGUGAGAUUCGACCUGAAGUUCUCACGAGGAAAACAGUGAACGUUGAAUCCAGUAUAACUAGCAAGUUUGAAAAGUUUUUUACUUGGCAGUCUUUGGUGAGAGCAUUCGCGCUCUUGAAAAGGUCGUGUAAAGAUCACAAAAAAGUAGCAAAACCUGAUGUCGUUACGAGUCACAUUGAAGCAGAAAACUUCAUUGUACGUACAGUUCAAGAGAGCAGUUAUGAAAAGGAAAUUCAGUUAUUGUUAAGCAAGAGAGCUGUACCUGCAAGUAGCAGUCUGUCUACAUUGAGUCCAUUUCUAGACGAGAAAGGUGUCUUGCGUGUUGGUGGCAGAUUAACAAAGGCAGAUGUUCCGUCUAACAGCAAACAGCCAAUCAUCAUCCCGAAGAAGUCUCACAUAGCUCUUCUUCUUGUGAGACAUUUCCACGAGAAAGUUCAACACCAAGGCAGACUACUUACUGAAUCCACUUUGCGUAACAAUGGCUUCUGGAUUAUUGGUGCGAAGAGACUUAUUUCCAGUACUAUUCAUAAGUGUGUCAUCUGCAAAAGACAGCGUGGUAAAUUUCAAAGUCAAUACAUGUCCGACCUACCUGAAGACAGAGUUACUCCAAGUGCUCCCUUUACAGUGAUUGGCGUAGAUACAUUUGGACCAUGGCACAUUGUUGCCCGCAAGACCAGAGACGGACUUGCAGAAAUGUGUGCGAUUAUCAACUCCCGACCUAUUGCUUCAAUCUCUACGGACCAAGACGAUCCUGAAAUGAUUACCCCGGGAAUGCUGCUAACCCAGAAGAAGGAACCUUUGGAAGUAUUGGACUCAACCCUGAGUAUGAGGGACAUAUACAAAGCGCAAUGGAAGUACGUUCAGGUGAUGGCAAACACUUUCUGGAAACAGUGGCGUAACGGAUACCUUGCUUUGCAAACACGGCGAAAGUGGCCAAGUGUUCUAGAAAAUUUGAAAACCGGAGACGUUGUUCUUGUUAAAAACAUCGAAACCAUUGGCCAUUGGGGAUCGUUGUUCGUGUCUUCCAAAGUGGAAGUGACUCAAACAUUCGUUCAGUGA